AUCCAUUCCCACAUCUAAAUCGUGAUUCCCAACUCCCAACUGAAAUCAACCCGAGUCAAACCCAGCCGAGUCCCAAACUCCGGUCCGACCAUAUCUGCACCACCAAGAUCUCCAUCACAUCUCUGUAAAUUCUGCUCUGCAACACAUCGGAGCAACGAAAAGCAAUGGAAGAGUAUCCAGAAGAACUCCGAACUCCGCCGGUAGCAUUAGUAUCUCUCGUCGGCUGUCCAGACCUUCACGCUACAGUCACUACUCACCUCCACUCCCAACAGCCCCCUCUUAAUGCUCUCGCAUUGCCCGAUUUCUCUAAGAUCUCGAUGAUAUCCAGACCUCCAAAGGACGCUUCUCUUCCACCUCAACCUGUUGCUGGAAUUCUAAAGAAAGAUUGGCUUCUCAAACAUCGAACUAGAGUUCCCGCUGUCGUUGCCGCUCUUUUUAGCUCCGAUCACGUCUCCGGUGAUCCUGCUCAGUGGCUUCAGGUCUGCACCGAUCUUGAGAAUCUAAAAGGCGUAUUACGAGGAAGGAAUGUUAAAUUGGUUGUGGUGGUUGUUGCUCCAUCAAAUUCUAAGGAUUAUCUAAGUGAAGACCGUAUGAUUGCUCUCAGAAAGCGUGCAGAACUGGAUUCUAAGUAUGUUAUCAUCUUUGUUCCAAGCGAAACAGAGCUUCAACAGUCCUUGAUCAGGUUGGGAAACACAUUUUCAGAAUUAGCUAAUUCUUUUUAUAAGGAUGAAGGAAGAAGAAUUAAAGCACGUCUCGAAAAGAAAAAUUUCCAUUCUGCUGAGCUGAAUAUCCGAUGCUGUUUCAAAGCUGCUGUAUAUGCAGAAUUCUGCAGAGAUUGGACUGAAGCAUUACGGCUGUAUGAGGAUGCCUAUCAUGCAGUGCGAGAGAUGGUGGCAGCAUCAACUAGAUUGCCUCCUAUUCAAAGGUUGAUUGAGAUCAAAUGUGUGGCUGAGCAACUGCAUUUCAAGAUUUCUACAUUGUUGCUGCAUGGUGGAAAACUUGCAGGGGCAAUUGUCUGGUUCCGCCAGCAUUAUGCUUCUUACAGGAAGCUUGUUGGAGCACCAGAAGUUAUUUUCCUUCAUUGGGAAUGGUUAAGUCGGCAGUUUCUAGUAUUUGCUGAAUUACUGGAGACAAGCUCUGUCACUUCUCAGCAUGUUUCCCCUUCGGUUCCUGACGCUACUGAUAGAGCAACUGAGUGGGAAUUUCAUUCAGCUUAUUACUUCCAGCUAGCAGCUCAUUACUUGAAGGAAAAGAAUUCUUCCCUUGAACUUGCGCAAUCUUUGUCUGAGACUUCUGGUGAGGUUGAUGGGAAUGCUGAAUCUGUGACAGCUGCUGCUUAUAUUGGUCAGUUUGCAAAACUACUGGAGUUUGGAGACACAUUUGUUAUGCAAUCUCUUAGUGAUGAAGAAUAUGCCCGUUACGCUCUGGCGGAAGGAAAGAGAUUCCGGGACUCCCAUGAAAUUAUUGCUCUCCUUAAAAGAUGUUUUGAAGCAUACAACAAAGAUAAAGCCUCUCGGAUGGCUGCCUUCUGCGGUUUCCAAAUGGCUAGAGAAUAUUUCACGGUAGAUGAAUAUAGUCACGCAAAAGAAGUUUUUGAGAAUGUUGCUAGUCUUUAUCGACAGGAGGGAUGGGUAACUCUAUUAUGGAAUGUCUUGGGUUACCUUAGAGACUGCUCAAGGAAAAGUGCUGUAGUGAAAGAUUUCAUUGAGUACUCUCUUGAAAUGGCUGCUUUACCAGUAUCUACUAAUGUGGCUGGUCAAAGAGACUGUGGUCCAGCUGGGCCUGCAAGUAUUGCCCAGAGAGAAAUAAUACACAAUGAAGUGUUUUCAGUAAUAAGAGGAGCAUCAGAAAGUGAACCUACAGAAGAAAACAGUAGCCUCAUAGUAACAGCUGAUAAUCCCCUUUAUCUUGAGAUUGAUCUCGUCAGUCCCCUCAGAGCAGUACUUCUUGCUUCAGUUGCGUUUCAUGAACAAGUAGUUAAGCAUGGUGCAGAAACAGUGAUUUCCCUCUCCCUUCUAUCUCAACUGCCUCUUAAUGUUGAGAUUGAUCAAUUAGAAAUCCAAUUUAAUCAGUCUGAGUGUAACUUUGUCAUUGUCAAUGCUCAAAGAUCCCAUUUAGCUGCGAUAUCCUGUUUGCAGCCUGGCCGUCGAGUGGAGACAGCUACCACCCUGGAACUUCGCACAAACAAAUGGCUGCGGCUCACAUACAACGUGAAACCUGAGCAAAGUGGAAAGCUGGAAUGCAUUUAUGUUACUGCAAGAUGGGGUCAACAUUUUACUAUCUGUUGCCGAGCUGAAAGUCCUGCCUCCAUGAGUGAUUUACCCCUCUGGAAGUUUGAAGACAUAAUGCAAACUAUACCGAUGAAGGAUCCUGGUCUGGCUUUCUCCGGUCAGAAGGCCGUUCAAGUUGAAGAACCAGAUCCACAAGUGGAUCUAAAGUUAGAUUCUUCUGGCCCUGCAUUGGUCGGGGAGAGUUUUAUUGUUCCUGUGAUUAUCACCUCAAAGGGCCAUAGCGUCCACUCAGGUGAAUUGAAAAUUAACCUUGUUGAUACAAGAGGUGGUGGCUUGCUUAGUCCAAGGGAGGCAGAAUCUUUUUCAUCAGAUAAUCUUCAUGUGGAACUUGUUGGAGUAUCUGGACAAGAAAGUGAAGAUCUUUCUAAUUCAGAGAACAUUCGAAAAAUCCAGCCCUCUUUUGGAUUGAUUUCUGUUCCAUUUUUGAAUGAGGGAGAGUCAUGGUCCUGCAAAUUAGAAAUUAGAUGGAACCGUCCCAAGCCUAUCAUGCUUUAUGUGUCACUGGGUUACUUUCCUCAAAGUACGGAACUUAGCUCACAGAGAGCUCAUGUACACAAAAGCUUGCAAAUUGAAGGUAAAACUGCUGUUGUGAUGAGCCAUCGCUUUAUGUUGCCAUUUCGAAGGGAACCACUGCUGCUGUCAAAGACCAAAUCAGUUUCUGAUUCUGAUCAAAUACCAUGUCUGCCUUUGAAUGAAACAAGUAUGCUAGUUGUUAGUGCUAAGAACUGCACAGAAGUACCUUUGCGCUUGCUGUCCAUGUCCGUUGAGGCAGUUGAUGCUAGCACCUGUGAUGUGAAAAGUAAGAGUAAGGACCCGGAAGAACCUGUGCUGCUUGUGGCAGGAGAAGAGUUUAAACAGGUUUUUGCUGUCACUCCUGAGGUCAAUCUUCCUAAUCUUAACAUGGGUAUUGUGUGUUUGAGAUGGAGAAGGGAUCACGGAGAUGGAGAAAGAUUGGCUACUUGUAGCACAGCAUCUGCAGUUGUAACGAAACACAGUCUACCUGAUGUAAAUGUGGAGCAACCUCCACUGAUCGUGAGUUUAGAUUGUCCUCCUCAUGCUAUUCUUGGAAAUCCAUUUACAUACUCCAUCAAAAUUACUAACAGAACACAGUUUCUUCAGGAGGUGAAAUACUCUUUAGCAGAUUCACAGAGUUUUGUUUUAUCAGGGCCUCAUAAUGAUUCAACUUUUAUUUUGCCAAAGUCUGAGCACAUACUUGGUUACAAGCUUGUACCGCUUGCGUCAGGUUUUCAGCAGCUUCCUAAAAUUACAUUGACCUCUGUACGAUAUUCAGCUGGCUUUCAACCAUCAGUUGCAGCUUCUACGAUGUUUGUAUUCCCAUCUGAGCCUCAUUUUGGGUUGAAGGAUAGUGGAGAGAUGAGAGUGGAGCCUGUUGCUGCGGAAUAGGUUUCCACAAAAGUUCUUCAAGUUUAAUUUCGAGGCUGAUUAGUUGAAGAAGCUUAAUGAUAAGAAAGCAUGCUUGUGGAUUAUUUGAAGCAGCUCUACGGGGAAUGCUCUGGGCUGUGGAUUUGACACACUUCUCUGAUUUGAACUUGGGUUCGGGGACACAAUGUAUGAGUUCAAGAUGCUGACAUGGCAGUUUGACUGAUGCUUGCCACGAGGAAUCUUUGGUGGAGAUAUCGAUCUGUGUAAGCAAUCACAUUUAGUGUGCUCUCUUCCCUUUGAUUAUCUGUACAAUAAUGUAAUUUGUUUUCGACCUCUUAAGGCGGGGGGAGCUUUCGGGAUUAGAUCUGUUGGUAAAUCACCCAAUCUCUGCUGCUCAUAAAUUUAUGUACUGAUACUGCAGAAAGUGGUGUAGAUGUGUUUUAAGCAUUUACAGAUGCGGAACCCCAGUAAGAAAGAGCUUAAUCUGUUCUUUGUUUUUGUAUUGGCUUUGAAGAUGAAACGUUAUGGUGACUGAUCAGAAUUCCACUCA